UGGAAAUCAAAGGCUGAUGGGAAAACAACUCAACAAAACUCCAAGACAGAGCUGUAGUCCGCCUACUAGGAGAGUAAUGCCUCGGAGAUUGAUCAUCUGGGGUCACGAGGAGUAAGGGAAAUCAAUGAGAAAGUUUCUUCUGCCAACCUCUCAGGAUGGGAACACUGAAGAUUCAACCUAAGGCCCCUCCCACUGUCAGCACAAGGCUGUGCCUGGCAGAGCAAAGGGCAGGGGGAAGAGACACAGACACGCACCCAGCUACCAUGGCCUCCGCAGCGACAGCAGGGGACAUACACGAUGAUGCCAUGUGCUCUAUGUGCCUGGGGUACCUGACCGAGCCGGUGACUCUAGCGUGUGGGCACAACUUCUGCCGAGCCUGCCUCACCCAGCACCGUGAGCAACGGGGAACAGGGACACCCCCGACCUGUCCCCAGUGCAGGGCUCCAUUCUGGCACGGGGAGUUCAAACUCAACACCCAGCUGAACAACAUUGUACAAAAGCUCCAGCAGCUGGGGCCCAAGCCAGAGAAAGGGCAAACGGAGGGUCUGUGUGAGAGACACCAGGAACGCCUCAAAUUCUUCUGUGAGGACGAUGGAGAAGCCAUUUGUUUGGAGUGUGAGAAAUCCCAGGACCACAAGUCUCACGCGGUGGUGCCUAUCAAGGAGGCUGUCCAGGAGUACAAGGUGAAACUCCAGGAGGCCCUGGGGCCUCUGAGGAAGGAGCUGGAGGAGGCCUGGAUGCUGAUGUCUAAAGAGGAGGAGAAAAUUAUGGACUGGAAGAGGAAAGUGAAGCAGAAGCACGAGACGAUUACCCGUGAAUUCAACAAACUGCACAUGCUGCUGAGAGAGGAGGAGCAGCUGCUUCUGCAGAGGCUGGAGGAGGAAGAGAGGGAAACUUUGCAGAGGCUACAGGAAAAUGUCUCCAAACUCUCCCAGCAAAGCUCCUCUCUGCAGCAGCUGAUCGCAGAGAUCGAGGGGAAGUGUCAGCAGCCGGUUACGGAGCUGCUAAAGGAUGUGAAAAACACAUUGAGCAGGAGUGAGAAUGUGAAACUCCAGGAACCAGAAACUGUUUCUACUGACCUGAAGAAGGAGUAUGACAUUUUCCUUGACAUGAAGGAACUGCUGAAGAGGUUCAGAGCGGAUGUGACUCUGGAUCCAGACACAGCUCAUCCCAAACUCAUCCUGUCUGAAGAUCGGAAACGUGUGAUGCUUGGAGACACGCGCCAGACUCUGCCUGACACGCCUGAGAGAUUUGAUCUUUGUGUCUUUGUCCUGGGCGCCGAGGGGUUCACAGGCAGGAGGCGUUACUGGGAGGUGGAGGUGGGAAACAAGACAAGAUGGGCUUUGGGGGUCUGUAGGGAAUCCGUGAGCAGGAAGGGUCCGGUCACACUCACACCUGAGGAUGGAUACUGGUCUAUGUGUCUGACGGACGGUGAAUACAAGGCCUGCACCUCCUCCACUCUGACCCCUCUCUCCCUGAGCACCAAGCCUGGCUGGGUGGGGAUUUUCCUUGACUACGAGGUGGGGGAGGUCUCAUUUUACAAUGCGACUGACGGGUCCCAUCUCUGCAGUGUCAGUGGCACCUUCUCCGGGAUGCUCCGCCCUUUCUUCAGUCCUGGUCGCAAUGCUGGGGGUACAAACACAGCUCCCCUGACCAUCUGCCCGGCCCCAGCCCAGGUUGGAGGGAAUCUCAGCCCAUGACAGUGACCCCCAUGGUACAGACCAACCCU